AUGAGCAGGGCGCUGACGGAGCACAUCACUGGCAGCUUCCGAGAAGAUGCUCCUCGUCCUCCGGUACCGGGGGAGGAGGGAGAGGCGUCAUGCUACAACCCCAGCAAACCUGCCAACAAAAUGAGAGCCCAGAACAAGGUUAAAGAUCUCUCCACCGCACCUCCCGGCUCGACGCCGAGGAGGAACGAGGAUGGACUGGGGGAACCGGAGGGCAGCGCGUCGCCGGACUCGCCCCUGGUCCGGUGGACCAAGUCUUUGCAUUUUCUUCUGGGCGACCAAGACGGCGCCCAUCUGUUCAGGACCUUUCUGGAGCGGGAGAAAUGCGUGGACACGUUGGACUUUUGGUUCGCCUGCAACGGCUUCAGGCAAAUGGACUUAAAGGAUACCAAAACGCUGCGUGUUGCCAAAGUUAUUUUCAAGCGGUACAUCGAAAACAAUAGCAUCGUCGCCAAGCAGCUGAAACCCGCCACCAAGACUUUCAUAAGGGAUAGUAUUAAGAAACAGCAAAUAGACUCCGCGAUGUUCGACCAAGCACAAACGGAAAUUCAGACGACCAUGGAGGAGAACGCGUACCAGAUGUUUCUAACUUCUGACAUAUACCUCGAAUACGUGCGCACCGGCUGCGAGAACGCAGCCUACAUGAGCCACGGCGCGCUCGGCAGCCUCAAGCUCAUGUGCGGAUACCUUCCACCUCUCAUGGAGGAAGAGGAGUGGAGUUGUAACGACCUGAAGGCGAAAACGCUGGCGUCCGUGGUUGGGCUGUCGGCGAAAACGCUGAGAGCCACCGCCACCAUUCGGACAGCGGCUCAAGUGCUGGAGGCUGGGUGCAGAUCACGUGGAAGAGACCCCACCAGCCCUUAUUUCGUCAACUCGGGCUACGUGUUCGCCCCCGCCACCAGUGCCAACGACAGUGAGAUCUCCAGCGAUGCCAUGACGGACGAUUCCAUGUCCAUGACGGACAGUAGUGUAGAUGGAAUCCCUCCUUACAAGCUGGGCACAAAGAAGCAGCUCCAGCGAGAGAUGCAUCGCAGUGUCAAGAUCAAUGGCCAGGUUUCUUUACCCCACUUUCCUAGGACUCACAGGCUGCCGAAGGAGAUGACCCCUGUGGAGCCCUCAGCCUUUGCUGCCCAACUUAUCGCCCGGCUGGAGAAGCUGAAGAGAGAGCAGGACACAAUGAGUUCACUGGAGGAGAGACUGCAGCAAAUUCAGGAGGAAGAGGAAAGAGAGGACGGUGAUGACCUUGCCUGUGACGCAUCCCUUCACCACCCUCUGCUGCCCUCCAAUAACCAGUGUGAGGAGGAUCCCCAGGCCAUACUAGAUGAACACCUAUCCCGCGUACUGAAGACGCCUGGCUGCCAGUCCCCAGGUGUGACUCGCCACUCGCCACGCUCACAAUCCCCAGAUCGGACUGGUGCCUUGGUUUCCUCGAGCCCCUUUCUCGGUGCCUAUCCUGGGACCUCCAAGUUCCUAAUGGCAGGUCGACAGUCGACCAAGCACAUACACCACCACUACAUACACCAUCACCACGCUGGGCCCAAGACCAAGGAGCAGAUCGAGGCCGAGGCAGCUCAGCGCGUGCAGUGCCUCUGCCCUCCAGGGGGUGCUGAUUAUUCUGACUUCACACCUGCUCGCUGCAGCACUUUGUCCAAACGGCCGGUCAGGGCCUUAGAUGAGGGCAUGUCCCCGCCUCACCUACCCCUGGACACCACCGACCGUUCUCAGAAUGUUUGGCAGUGGAUCCUGGAGAGUGAGAGGCAGGGCAAGCACAAACCACACAGCAUGCAAGCCCUAAAGAAGUCCUUCCCUGUGGACUCAUCUUCCAAGACCCUGCCCAGCCGAACCCACUCUCUCUGGGGCGGAGGUGGAAUCGGCAACGCAGGUCACCUCCGCACACACCACCCUGGACACCCCUUCAUCCAGGACCCAGCAAUGCCACCCUUACCCCCACCCAACACCCUGGCACAGCUAGAGGAGGCCUGCCGCAGACUGGAGGAGGUAUCAAAGUCCCCCAAACAGAGGCAUUCAGCAGCAAUCAGCAGCCUUCAGAGAGACAGGGGUCAUCCAACAGCUGCCUUCCCCUCUGGAGACAGCCCUCUAGCCAGCCCUGGGCUUCAAACAGACGAGUCCAAGGAGCUAAUGGUCACCUACUUCUUCUGUGGUGAGGAGAUUCCCUACCGCAGCAUGAUGAAGACUCACUGCCUCACCCUGGGACACUUUAAGGAACAGCUCAGCAAGAAAGGCAACUACAGGUACUACUUCAAGAAGGCGAGUGACGAGUUUGAGUGCGGCGCUGUGUUUGAGGAGGUGUGGGAGGAUGCCACAGUGCUGCCCAUGUAUGAGGGCAAGGUCCUGGGCAAGGUGGAGAGGAUAGACUAACACCACUUCGUUGCCAACCAACCAACGCCCUUCCCUGCCCAACCAAAAGCCAACCAUUGUUUAUUAACCUGAGCAAGAGACUUGUUGCAUAAAAAGUUCCUCUGGACUCUAGUAUUUUCUCUCUAUUUCUUAAUAUUAAGCUAACCAGAGUUAAUAUAUCCAGCACAAGAGGGAAGUGAUUGAAGGAAAACGAGCCAAUGAAGUAUGCUGAACCCAGAGGAGGUGCAGCC